UGUAUGGAUGAACACAGUGCUAACCGCUGGUAGUGUGUAUAUUGUAAAUUACGCCCACAUAUACAACACGCAACUCAUUGACACGUAGCUUUAUAAUAUUUUGAUUCAUAGCGCUUCCACCUGAAAUGGGAUACCAUGACUUUUACUGCUGUUUUUUAUUUAAUUAAAGAGAGUAGAGAGCGUUAUAUUGGUUGCUAGAUAGCAAGUUAUUUUUGUAGCCUAACUUAUUGUUUACCUAAAGUGUCCGUCAGCCAACACCAUGAAGGUCCGCUCGUCUGUUUUUGCCUCCUUUAUUUUAAUAUUGGAAGUGAUUGGCAUUGCCCUUUUCCUGCGGGGAUUUUUCCCCGUACCUGUCAAGUCUUCUUUCUCAUCCAAGAGCAAGCUGUCAGAUCUGCCAGCCGAGCCGCUGACAGGAAGCCCUCCUAAUUCAUCUCGCCUCCCGCAGCCCCUGUUUAAAAGGGUGGUUAUUAUGUUAGUGGAUGCCCUCCGAGAGGACUUUGUGUUUGGACCCAAUGGUCGUAUGUAUAUGCCCUACACAAGGCACGUGGUGGAAAGAGGCUCAUCACACAGCUUUGUGGCCAAGGCGAGACCACCUACAGUCACUAUGCCCAGGAUCAAGGCUCUUACCACUGGCAGUAUCCCAGGCUUCAUUGAUGUGGUAAUGAACCUAAAUUCUCCUGCACUGUUGGAAGACAACCUCAUUUGGCAAGCCAAAACUGCAGGGAAGAGGAUAGUCUUCUACGGGGAUGACACCUGGGUGCGCCUUUUCCCAAAACACUUCAUGGAAUAUGACGGCACAACUUCCUUUUUCGUGUCUGACUACACUGAGGUUGACAACAAUGUAACCCGUCACUUGGACAGCACCUUAAAGAGAGAUGACUGGGACAUUUUAAUCCUCCACUACCUAGGCCUGGACCACAUUGGUCAUAUCAGUGGACCGUAUAGCUCACUCAUCCAACCCAAACUGAUGGAGAUGGACGACAUCCUGAAGAAGAUCCAUAGUGCUCUCAUUUCAAAGGAAGUCGAGGGAUCCUUGCCUUACCUGCUGGUGUUGUGUGGAGACCACGGCAUGUCGGAGACCGGCAGCCACGGAGGCUCUUCGGAGCCGGAAGUCAGUACACCUUUGGUUCUCAUAAGUCCAGCCUUCAAAAGAAAAGCGGGAAUGGAGAAACCAGGAGUGGUGGAGCAGGUUGACCUAACCCCAACCCUGGCCCUAGGCCUUGGCCUGCCCAUAUCUCAGAACAGCGUUGGCCGCGUGAUCCAGAGUGUCUUGGAGGAAACCUCACUGCGAGACCAGCUGCGCUUCCUGCAUCUCAAUGGCCACCAGCUCAGCUGCUUGCUCAAAGACAGCAUAUCCGACUAUGAGAAAGAGGUGGGGUUUGAGCAGUUUCGUGUGGCAGAAAAGGCUCACGGGAACUGGAUGAAGCUUUACCUGGAAGGAAACACCUCCGAGGUGCUGACCAACGUGGGCAAAAAGGUCCUGAGGCAGUAUCUGGAGGCCCUGGCUGCCAUGAGCGCUGCUCUGAGCAAACAGCUGGGCAAGUAUGACAUGUACUCCAUGAUUGCAGGCAUGGUGUUUGUCUUUCAGCUCCUGUUGGUCUUACUGCUGGCUAUGCCUGAAGCCCUCAGCGGUGCCGCAGCAGUGGACCUCCCCAUCCUCUCGGCCCUGCUCUCCCUGCCUUUUUACCUCUUGUGCCUGCUUCUUGCCUCAGUGCACGUCUUGGUGUGCACAUCUGCUGAGAGCUCCUGUUACUUCUGCAGCCUCUCCUGGGGUCUCGUGUUUGCUGCCGUUGCCUUCUCCUCAGCAAUGUUUUGUAUUCUGGUCUCUAUAGCAACACGAAGACUCCCCCUGGGUGCAAAGAUUCAUGGGAAGUCUCCUCUGAGGAGCAGUGAGGUUGACUGGUCGCUGUCAGAGCUGGAUGUUUUGCUGCUGGCCGGCACCGUCGGUCACACUCUCAGCCUGGCGGCCAGCAGUUUCGUGGAGGAAGAGCACCAAACCUGGUACUUUCUGCUCAACACGCUCUGCCUCACCGUGUUCCAGGAUGUCUGCCGCAAGUACUUCAGAGAGAAGAGGGGCUCUGGAGAUGACGAAGAGCAUAUCCUCCCUUCCAAAGACCGUCAUCCCUCCGCUCACCCCAAAGCAGAGAUUUUCUCAGAGAAGUGGUUAGCGUUAGCCACGCCACCAUUCACUCUGCUCUGCUGCCGGCUACUACGCUCCCUCAACCAAACUGGGGUGCAGUGGGCUCAUAUCCCUGACGUUGGGCAUUGGCUCAACAGCUCUGAGCACAAGGUGGUCCUCUCCCUGCUGUCCGCUUUCUGUUUGGUUCUCAUCUACUUCCUGGUUCAAAGACGGUGCUCGUGGGUCUCGAAGGUCGCCCUCGCCCUCGGGCUUUUGGGCGUGUACAGCUAUCGGGCAGCUGUCGGCAACGUCCUGUUUCCCUGGCAUCAUUCUGGUCGAACUAUGUCCAAGGGCACGGUGGAAGCUCGCUUUGUUUACGUCUUCAUUUUGGGGAUCCUCUUCUCGGGCACCAAGGACCUGUUGCGAUCCCAGAUCAUCACAGCAGAUGCCAAACUGAAGAGCAGGGGAUUAUGGGAGAUUUACAGUGGCUUGGUUUUGUUGGUUUCGCUGCUCUUCCGUGCUCACAAUCUGCCAGUCCUCUGCUGCUGCCUGCUGAUCCAGACGCUCAUGGCUCAGUUUAUCUGGAAGAAACUCCAUUAUGAUGCCGCCCAGACUACCAUCAUGCACUACUGGUUUGGUCAGGCCUUCUUUUACUUUCAGGGGAAUUCCAACAAUAUAGCCACCGUCGACAUUUCAGUUGGAUUCGUUGGACUGGAAAGCUACAUAGAAGCACCUGCCAUCUUCUUAACAGCGCUCAGCACUUAUGCAGGCCCACUGCUCUGGGCGUGUCACCUCGUCUGCUACCUUAGCUCGGAGAGAGACCGGAGCCCGGUUGCAGUCGGCCAUGGUUGCUACUGUUUGGCCCUGCUGAGGUCUGUGCCAGCUGCAGCCUACAUAGUGCUGGUAACUGUUCUGCGCUAUCAUCUCUUCAUAUGGAGUGUCUUUUCACCCAAAUUACUGUACGAAUCCAUGCAUCUCCUGCUGACUGCAGGAGUCUGUCUCUUCUUCAUCACCAUGGAACAAAGCCCCAGCUCAAGUAAGUCUUAGGGAGCUGAAGACUGAAAAUCCCCCCUAAAGGAUCAGACUUGGUCUUAUACUGUGUGGGACUUUCAGCCUGAUCCACGCUACAGUGUACUCACCUUCACUCUCUAAGUUAAUUUUGUUCACAUUAUGUGAAUAGAUGUUUGUGAACUCUGUUGCAAAAAAUACUUUGGGGAUGCACUUUUAAUGUAUUUUUGAGAAGCAUAUUUAAAUAUUUAAUUCUUUUCCAAAAAGAGAAGUGUUGAAGACGAUGAAUAAAAAUGAGAUGAUGUAAAGAUUUUAGAGGUUUUUUUUUACAUACCUCAGGGAUGAGUGUACAGUGAGCAGCAACGGGCGCUUUGACUCCAUGAUUAAUUGAAUGACUUUGAUGUUACACUGGAGAGCUUGAUGUGAAUGUGCUGUGAGCGUUUGAUAAUACUUGUUUUAGUCUCGACUUGCACCCUCAUAGUUGUUUUCACUUACUCAUGCUGAGCUUUAUUGUGGUGAAAAUGUACAGAGUAAUGCUGGGAAAUAUGUGAUGUCACUAAAGUGAAAAACAUCUUAACGGUAGUUUGAGCACACGUGCAAAUACUAAUGAUUAUGACUCAGUUCCAUUUAGCUGCUUCAGUUUCAGUCCCAGGACCUGAUUUUUCUUUCUGAAAAUCUUGUGAAUGCGAUAAUUUGAGAACAAAGCAACGUAGAUUGUGAUUUGAUACUAUAGGCGUGUUUUCUAGGAGGCUGGCAGUUGUCCGAAUCGUAUAAAUUGUUGUGAAGGUGAAUCUGAGUACAAGGAAAGCACAGUGCUUCGCCUGUAUGGUAGGGAUCAAAUACUGGAAAUAUCUCCUUAGAUAUUUUGCCAUCUAUGUUCUUACCACGUUGUUUCAUGCAGGCUAUAUGAAUGUGAAUCACAACAAUAAAAUGAAUAGAUUAAUAAUAAAACUUCUUCCUGCUGAAGAAUCAGUUUGCUUUAUUUCUCUCCAUUAUUAAGUCUUUUAUCAUCCCUUAAGUAAAACGAAAUAAGAUCGACUUUAUUUAUUCCAGAAGUUGGAAAGUUACUGUGAACAACAUGAAAACCAACCUAGCUGUUUUUUAUAUUGUUAACUCAAGUUUUUGUAUAUAGCACCAAAUCACAACAAUAGUUACCUUGAGGCACUUCAUAUUGUAAAGUAAAGACCCUACAAUAAUGCAGAGAAAACCCCGACAUUCAGUUGACCCACUAUAAGCAAGCACUUAGUGAUAGUGGGAAGCAAAAACUCCCGUUUAACCUCCAGCAGAACCAGGCUCAGGGAGGGGCGGGGCCAUCUGCUGUGAGCUGUUGUUUGUUUUAUAUCACAAAACAAAACAGCUCAGAAAAGUCAAACAUACACAAAAGAAGUUACACAGAAAUAUGAGAUUAACAUCUCUGACCCGACCCACUCUGUGACCUCCAGAAUCCCAGUCCAUCCAUGUCGCUGCAGUGCUUUAUGAACUCUACUCACUGUGUUUCCUUUGGGCUUAAUCAGUUCAUCAAACUUGUCCGUACUGUCUUCCACACACCACAGGUUACCCAUGGAAAAGGCAUUAACUAUAAUCCCAGAAGCGAGCAUUUCAUGGAAAUGAAGUGACAGAAGAUUUCUAAAAAGCACUUCACGGAAAGCAACAAGAAGAGUUUUAAUAAAGUAGCAUAACCUUCAUAUUUGGCCUGUAAACAGUCAGGUAAUAAUAAAGGUAGCACUGAAGCGCUUUUCCUUGGCAUUCAACCAGCUCAGCUAUGGCUGCCAAACACUUUUUUGUGUUUUGACAAUAUUUGACAAUUCGACCACAACCUCAGUCUGCCUUUUGUCACAGCACGAUGAGCUCAGGUGUAAAUGAUAAAAAUAAAAAUAAUAAUUUCAGCUGCAUCGCAUUCGGCUGCUUCAGCAUCGAGCUUCCUGUUGCUCACGCUGGCUGCUGCGUCUUACGGGAGUCACUUAAGAAGAACAGAGCCAUUGUUGGUAUUUUUAGUACUACGUGUGCUUUCUCCGUGUUCAUGUCAAAACACAUGCUGUGAGAAAGUGUGUGUGUUGUCUCGGUUUAAAAGGUCCAACAACAUUAGCAGAAGUUUGUGGGGGACGUCAAUCAAGUGGAGCUCCUUUGUGCCCACUCGGUCUUGAGAAAAGAGUCUAAUCAGGCAAGCGUGAGUGAAAACACCUGUGUGGGUGUAACAUGGGGGUGCAGGUUGGGAGUUUUCGAGCACAUCGCACAAUAUUUCCAGUACGCAGCACUAAACCGUUAGCUAAACUGUGUUCUUUUCUUUCUAUUACUUUUUUUAACCCUUUUAAAACUGUAACCAUCCAGUGUCUGGUGACAUUUUGAAAGAUGUGGACAUAAAAAAAGUUCAGACUUUGGUGUUCGAUAUGUUCAGAUGAAAUGAGCAGUUAUGUCUGUGGGUCUUUUUGUGUGUGUCUGCUGCAUUAGCCUCCUUUACGAAUUCUUAUCCCAGUAAAUGACCACAUUCAUAUGAAGUUGAGCUCAGUAAAGUUAGCAAACAGGAAAGAGUUUGAUGUUGCGUAUAAACCUAAAUAACUUUUGUUCAGCUUUAAAUCCAAAUUUUAGCUUUUGAUAAAAGGACGAAUAAUGCUGUUGUUUUUUUCCAUUCAGUCUUUUUUGAUUUUAUGUUUCACUGAAGCUUUAGAUGUUCUUACUGCACAGAGGCAGUUUGUCUUUUGAUUUCUACUUGCAAAAUUGCGAAAUUGCAGCUGGUGAAAAUCCAAAACUGUGUGGCGGUUUAUAAACACUGCAGAACAAGUUCCAGAAAGACUGAGCUAAUAAUUCCUCUUCUUUUCAGUAGGGCUUUAUUUCACAUGAUGAAUUGUUCUCGUUUGGAUUUCGAUGCACGACUCGUAAAAUUUUGUGUCUGCCAGAGGGCCGCGGACAUAAACUUUGUUUAACGUCCACUCAAUCUGUUUCUUCAGUAUAACUGAGAAUCCCACCAAAGUAAAACUGGCAUGUAAGCUGGCUUCGAUCCAAAGCAAUAAGAGUAUGGAGCCAAGAGAGCAAACAAUGUGUGCCUACCCAAGUACUCGAUGGAGCUCACUGUGUGCUUGGACUCUUGUUUUGAAAGUAAAAUCUGAGUUACAGUGAAGACUGGAACACUCAUCAAACCUCCUGUUUGGCUUCAAUUUUGUAUAAUUUGUUAAAAGAAAAUAUCCCCGCCUCCAACACAAAAAGCUAGACUUUUAAUCCAGCGGGAUGUGAUGUAAAGUAGAAAGUAAGACAUCAUUCCAGCAGUUAUUUUGUUGACUCAUGGGCUUUUGACGUCGACGAACAGAAGCGACUGCUUCAAAGCUUCUUGUUGAUCAUACUCUGGCAGUUCUAACCAGGAAAAAAAAUCAAGUUGAAAGACUCGGUAUGAAUCUUUUCACCUCCAGACACCAAAGUGAAUCUCAUGUUCCCGCCCCAACACUUGUCACUCACCUUGAUGAGCUGUCUGCAUUGAAAAAGCGUCUCACCCGGGGCGAAGAUCACUGACUCCCUCCCCCCGAGGCGUCAGAGAAGCAGGUGCCAAACUGGGAAAAGUGGGGGAAGAGGAGGCAACGCUGGUGUUCCACGUUUUCCUGAAUAGAUUUUUGUUUGAUGCAAGGUGAGCUCGUCACUCUUUAUUUUGCCGCCGUUGUUGUUGCUGUGACUCACCUUGACAGGGACCUCACUGCUUACUACAUCGGCACAGAAUGGAAUUUAAAUGCCCCGAGCAUCAUUGGAAAGUCAGACAAACAAGAGGAUUUGCAUUUGAAUGCAGGGGGGGUCAGGGGCAGACACACGCUGCAUAUGGAUCACUGCAGGUGAGCUGGUUUGCAUUACAGGGAGGACACAUUUAGCUUUUUUUCUUCUUUCUUUCUUUGGUGGAGCCAGCCUCAAAGCUAAACUGGCAGCAUCUUAUUGUCAAGUGCCUUUUUCCUCUCCUUAGUUCAACGAGGAAUCUCACAAAGAUAUCAAAGUGUGAUGUAAAUAGUUGAUGAACCAGAUAAUGAUCUACAGGAUUAUUCUGUCAGCAUGCUUCACUUCGCUCGACUUGCCCAAUGGUCUCGCGCUGUCUUUACAAGUCGAGCUCUUGAUCCGACUAAAUCUGGAUUCCCAUACUGUCUUUUUUUUUUUUUUUUUACCAAGAUCUCCUCCUGUGAUUGUAAAGUGAUUUAGAAAAAUUUAGAAUGACAAGCAACACAUUUUCUCAGAUGGAGAUCGAUUUUCUGCUUUUAGUAAGAAUAAAACAUUAUGAACCGCUCUGUGGGAACUGCAGCGCCGAUGAUGAAUUAUGCUUGAAAAGAGUAACAUCCGUCUGCAUCUCAUCGGCCUCGUGAAAAAUCUUGUGAAGCCGCGUUAUAAUCCUGACCAGUUCGGUUGAGUUUGACAAACUCCUGCAGUCUAAAAGCUUGAUUUAUAGUACUGCGCUGAAUCCCUGUGGAGCACGCACCGUGGUGGGUGACAUCAUUGUUUGCAAUGAUACUUGAGUGCGGAUGUCUCUGCGCUGCCCUGUCAUCAUGAGUAAAAGUGAGCUGAUCAGGCUGGAAAUGAAUGAUAGGAUUGCUUAUGAAUAUCCAGAAAAACAAAGGUUACUUUAUCAAAAUGCAGGAAAAAGAGAAGACUUCUGUAACAGCAUGGUACUAAAAAAAAAAAAUGAUAUGGCAUAUAUCCACAUUGUAAGAAUAUCUUAGAAAAUAGAAUAGAAUAGAAUUCAACUUUAUUGUCAUUGCACAUAUCUGGAUAUAGCCGUUGGUGAAAUCACCUGUUGCAUCUGUGCUCCACAGCUGGUUACAAGCUAAUGUUAUGCCAGCUAAUGUUAGACAUGCUAAAUUAUGCUAAAAUUCACCUUCCCACUGUUUGAUUAGAGUUUUACCCCGUAUUAGAGUUUAUUGUUUGAGUCCAACGAUGUUCUUAUCCUUUAUUUAUCCAGCUAAAAGUCGCGCUGAGAUUAAAUCCGUUUUUCCAAGACCUAGCCGAGAUCCACUUUCAAGAAAGUUUCACUAAAGCUGGCUAACAGCAGCUAACACAGGCUAACAGCGGCUAACAGCAACAAAAACAGCAGCACUUACCAGCAGAAAAGUUUACGAUAUCCUCAACAACUGACCUCAGUGUCCUUGUCAUCAGACAGAAGUGAACUUUACUUUACACUGACAUAUUGGACUCCUUUCAGAAAGUUUUACAGUUUCCUCCAGAACAAAUAGUCACUCAAAUUGUCACUUGAAUUAGGAGAGAUGAGAAAACAGAAUUCAGUUGACUGCAAGCUGCAAUUUUACACACUGUAACUUUAAGCUUUAACUUUAGCAUAUUUAUUGUCACCAUGUUUGGUUAGUUGGAAGCAGAAGUGAUUACAUUUGGAUAAAAAAGCAGAGUGCUAAGUCAUUAGCUAACGCUAACCACUGUAGUUAGCAAGUGGCAUUGAGAGUUUUUACACAUGCAAAGUAAGACACACAAAUAUUGAACAUUUAGUGCUAAGAAAUAGACAAAUAAAUAUUAAAUGACUCACAAAACUGAUGCACAAACUUCUUGGAUAACCUGUACCACUCACGCCGCAAUAUCAUUUGUAAUUCUAUAAUUCCACGCUAGGCUCUAGCUACCUUUGUCAGAACACCCGACAGUCAAAGCUGCCACUACCACUAUCCAGAUGAAUUAUAAAAAUUAAAAAGGUAAUCACUUUCAGAGAGGGCACACUAUCUAUAGAGACCAAGGUAGUAGUUUGUUUUUGUUUUUUAACAUGGGACUCUGGGGAUUGAUUUAUUUUUAGUCUCAAAUGGCCACUAAAGGAACUGCAGUUUUUCGCACUUAAGCUUUAGCUUCAUUUUUAACCUUCUUAAGUUGCUGCUUGAAAAAUAUCCAAAAAUACCUCCCUGCUUUCAGGGAGGUACAAACAAUUGGAGACUCCUACAUUUUUCUUUAUAAAGGCACUGGUACAGAGCAAACUAUAAGAAGUUGUGGCAGCUAUAUUUGAUUACUUUUGUUAGAAAGUGCAUGCCAGAUCAUCUCUAUAGAGCACAGUACACUAUAAAUCAGGUUCCAGGGUUGGUUUUAUGAUUAGAGCUUUUGUUUAAUUUAUGGGGUUAUUUUGUUGUCUAUAGGUGGGUAUUUUUUUUCCUUGUUUCUGUUAAUACUGUCUGUUAAAUGUCCAAUAAGACCAAGACUUGGAUCAGACAUUUAAAGAAUGCAAUAAGCUGUUGUCAGGUGAAGCAAAGAGGUUUUAUUGAUCAGUCGUCACUUCAAAGCAAGAGGAGGAGACGAUGUUUGAAAACCAGAAUUGUUGUCUGCUUCAUUGUAGCUGAAAUGCUCGGCUCACAGUAAAGAGCCGAGUUGGUUUGUUAAGUUAUUUAAUCUUUUUGAAAACUUCACGAUUCAUCUAUAAAACGAUCAGAAGCCUCGGAACAGCUUCUCACCAGUGUGAUGAGGCAACACUGUGACAGUUUAAACUCAUUCCUCUGUAUCCAAGUAUCCAGCAGACCAUGAAAUAGAUCCGAAUAAUUGUUUUGUUCACAUGGUCGUAAGCUUUUAGGCAUGUGUUGUACAUCACAUCAAAACCUGACUGUGUGUGGGGUUAUUUUUGCCCAUCUGUGUUGAGAUGACUCUUGUAUUUCUGUGUGACCUGCACUCCACAUGUGUUGAAUUCAUUCCACAGUGAUGUCACUCUGUUUUUAAACCUUUUUGUUUUCUCCUGUUCAUAAUUUGGCAACAGCCCUCAUGUUUUGUUUUGUUGUAUUUUGUUUUUUCCUAAUCUAGCCUGUGGUAAACUAUGCAAUUCAUACUGUUUCUGUAUUCAAACACUUCACUCCUCUGUCUGUAUCUGAUGAAUUAGGUGUUUAAUCAGAUGAAAUCUGCCUUUAAGUUGAAAAUCCCUCUUUUAUAUCUGUAGUUUUCUGAGUUAGUGUUUGUUUAUUAAUGUGAAAAGUGACAGACCUACAAGAAUCAUCUGUUUAUGUUCUCCAUAUUAAAAUAAAAGACUU